AGGUUGGUCAUAUGGGCUUGAUAUUAGUUUGGGUCUUGAUGAUGUCGGUCGUAUCGGCUUAGAUGCCUACCACCACCGGUGAAUGAAGGCGGCUGGACGGAAUAUUAUUAGCGACCAUAACUCAAGGGACCCAACAAGAGCUGCAAAUCCAAGAUUUUCAAAAAACCCUAAAAUUAGGUCAAGAUGGGGAAGAAACAGCACAGUAAAGAUCGUAUGUUCAUAACGACUACCGAAUGGGCCACCGAGUGGGGCGGCGCUAAAUCCAAAGACCUCCGUACCCCUUUCAAACGCCUUCCCUUCUAUUGCUGCGCGCUAACAUUUACUCCCUUUGAGGAUGCAGUCUGCACUCAAGAUGGCAGUGUUUUUGAUAUCAUGCACAUAAUUCCUUACAUAAGGAAGUACGGAAAGCAUCCUGUUUCUGGAGCUCCUCUCAAACAACAAGAUCUCAUCCCACUAACGUUUCACAAGAAUUCUGAAGGGGAGUAUCAUUGCCCUGUGCUGAACAAAGUUUUUACGGAGUUCACUCACAUAGUUGCAAUUAAGACAACUGGAAAUGUGUUCUCUUAUGAGGCAAUUAAAGAAUUGAAUCUUAAAACCAAGAAUUGGAAAGAGCUUUUAACUGAUGAACCCUUCAAAAGAGAAGACAUCAUUACAAUCCAGAAUCCAAAUGCACUUGAUAGCAAAACUCUGGUGGAUUUUGACCAUGUCAAGAAAAGCUUGAAAGUUGAUGAUGAAGAACUUACAAAAAUGGAGUCAGAUCCAACCUACAACAUCAAUGUGAUCGGUGAUAUUAAGCAGAUGCUAAAGGAGCUUAAGACAGAAAAGGGACGAGAACUUGCAUUACAUGGAGGUGGUGGAGACAAGGCACAAAAUGAAAGGGCUGCUGCACUCGCUACCAUCUUGGCCGCUCGAGAACGUAUAAAAGAUAACCCAAAAUCAGAUGGUGAAGUAAAAGCUCAACAGGCUUUUAGUAUUGUUGAUGCUGCAUCUGCUUCUGUGCAUGGAAGAAGUGCUGCUGCUGCCAAAGCUGCUUCAAGUGAUAAAACUGCUGCUCGAAUAGCCAUGCAUAUGUCUGGUGACAGGACACCAGUAAAUGCUAAGAUGGUAAAGAGUCGUUACACAAGUGGAGCAACAUCUAGAUCUUUCACAUCUACUUCAUAUGAUCCAGUCACAAAGAAUGAGUAUGAAUAUGUAAAAGUUGAAAAAAACCCAAAGAAAAAGGGUUAUGUUCAGCUGCAUACUACCCAUGGUGAUCUAAACAUCGAACUACAUUGCGAUAUAGCUCCUAGAGCAUGCGAGAACUUCAUCACUCUCUGUGAACGAGGUUAUUACAAUGGAGUAGUUUUCCACAGAAAUAUAAGAAACUUUAUGAUACAAGGUGGUGAUCCAACUGGGACCGGGAAAGGAGGUGAAUCUAUAUGGGGAAAGCCCUUUAAAGAUGAAGUAAAUUCGAAAUUGCUUCAUUCUGGAAGGGGUGUGGUGAGCAUGGCAAACAGUGGGGCCCACUCCAAUGGCUCACAGUUUUUCAUCCUUUACAAGUCCGCAACCCAUUUGAAUUUCAAGCAUACGGUUUUUGGUGGAGUUGUAGGAGGCUUGCCAACUUUGUCAGUAAUGGAGAAGGUCCCUGUUGAUGAUGACGAUCGACCUCUGGAAGAGAUAAAGAUAAUUAGUGUAUCAGUAUUUGUGAAUCCUUACUCAGAACCAGAUGAAGAAGAAGAGGAAAAGAAGACUGAGGAGGAAAAGACCAUUGAGGAUGAAGAAAAUGAAAAGAUUGGAUCAUGGUAUAGCAAUCCUGGCACGGGAGCUGAUGCAGAAGGUUCUGGUGGCGGUGUUGCUAAAUACCUAAAAGCAAAGACCACCAAGGUGGACUCGACCUCUGCAUCUGAUGGUAAUGCCAUCGUAAAGAAAAGGAAAGUAGUUGUCUCAAAAGAACAACUUAAUAAUUUUUCUGAUUGGUAAGAAUUACAACUUUUACGCAUUAUCGUCUAAGCAGUUGGUGUGCCGUGAAGAAGGUACACAAACAUAGGAUUGGAUUAUUUGUUACCGAGUAAUCGAGUAGUAGAGUUACCCUCUGUCAUUUGUCCUGAAGGCAUUCCAGGGUAACUGGCUCGGGAAACCAAACCCAAUUCCAAGAGCAUUGGAUUAUUUUGAUCCAGAAUGUAGUUGUAUUUUAUGUACCGUUGUGCAUUUAAUGAGGAAGAAAAAUGUAACAAUAUUUGCAUGGAUCGGUAAAGCUACAAUUCUUUGGUUUUAACCAUA